AAUUUGGUGUGUUUUCUGCUUCAAACUCCUACUAGUUCUCUAUUAGCUUCUCCUAUUACCCCAAGCAGAUUUGGCACCUGGGUCUCUGGUUUUAGAACUUGUUUUUUAACUCAAUGGAACCAAGGAGAAGAAAUUCUGUUUUAUGUUUUGUGGCUUGGUUCUUGAUUUGGACUCCUGUAAGUUGUUUGCUCUCUCCCAAAGGUGUCAACUUUGAAGUUCAAGCUUUGAUGGCUAUAAAAGCUUCCUUGGAGGAUCCUCAUGGUGUUCUAGAUGAUUGGGAUGGAGAUUCUGUUGACCCAUGUAGCUGGACUAUGGUCACUUGUUCUUCUGAGAGUCUGGUCAUUGCACUAGGAACUCCAAGUCAGAAUUUAUCUGGGACUCUUUCUCCAAGUAUAGGGAACUUGACUAAUCUCCAGAAAGUGCUCUUACAGAACAAUAACAUAUCAGGACCAAUUCCAGCAGAGCUAGGGAGGCUCUUACAACUUCAGACACUUGAUCUUUCAAAUAAUAUAUUCACUGGUGAAAUUCCAUCUUCAUUGAGCCUCCUGCAAAAGCUCCAAUACCUGAGGCUUAACAACAACAGUCUUUAUGGGCCAUUGCCUAUGUCUUUGGCUAACAUGACCCAGCUUGCCUUUCUGGAUUUGUCUUAUAAUAAUCUUAGUGGUCCAGUGCCCGGGUUUCCUGCGAGAACAUUCAACAUUGUAGGAAACCCUCUAAUCUGCGCAACAGGCUCGGAAAAAGACUGCUAUGGAACAAUGCCGAUGCCACUUAGCUUCAGCUCGAAUGCUUCACAGGAUGCUCAAUCUUCAAGGAGACCCAAAAAUCAGAAGGUGGCCCUUGCUUUUGGGUCAAGCCUGGGCUGCAUCUGUCUCCUCAUCCUUGGAUUUGGACUUCUUCUUUGGUGGAGGCAAAGACAUAACCAGCAGAUCUUCUUCGACGUCAAUGACCUACAUCAUGAAGAAGUAUGCCUUGGCAACUUGAAGAGAUUCCAAUUUAGGGAACUUCAAAUUGCAACAGACAACUUCAACAGCAAAAACAUUCUUGGCAAAGGUGGAUUUGGUAAUGUCUACAAAGGGUAUCUCCAAGAUGGAACUCUUGUGGCUGUAAAGAGGCUCAAAGAUGCAAAUGCAAUUGGAGGGGAAAUCCAAUUUCAGACUGAAGUUGAGAUGAUCAGCCUAGCAGUACACAGGAACCUUCUCAGGCUCUUUGGUUUUUGUAUGACAUCAACAGAGAAACUUCUUGUUUAUCCUUACAUGUCCAAUGGAAGUGUUGCUUCCCGUCUUAAAGCAAAACCAGCCUUGGAUUGGGGUACUAGGAAGAGAAUAGCAUUGGGAGCUGCAAGGGGCCUAUUGUAUCUUCAUGAGCAGUGUGACCCUAAGAUAAUUCAUAGGGAUGUGAAAGCUGCUAAUAUAUUGCUUGAUGAUUACUGUGAAGCAGUGGUAGGAGACUUUGGGUUGGCAAAGCUUUUGGAUCAUCGAGAUUCGCACGUGACAACAGCUGUGAGGGGAACUGUGGGACACAUUGCCCCUGAAUAUCUCUCCACAGGCCAAUCCUCAGAGAAGACAGAUGUGUUUGGGUUUGGAAUCCUCUUACUUGAAUUAAUCACAGGUCAGAGAGCUCUAGAAUUUGGUAAGGCAGCAAAUCAGAAAGGCGUAAUGCUUGACUGGGUGAAGAAACUUCACCAAGAGAAGAUGCUUGAUAUGCUUGUUGAUAAGGAUCUGAAGAACAACUAUGACAGAAUUGAACUUGAGGAGAUGGUUCAAGUAGCUCUCUUGUCCACCCAGUUCCUUCCAGGACAUAGACCAAAGAUGUCCGAAGUGGUUAGAAUGCUUGAAGGUGAUGGGCUUGCAGAGAGAUGGGAGGCUUCUCAGAGAGCUGAAGCAACCAAAUGCAGAGCUCAUGAAUUCUCCUCAUCAGAGCGGUAUUCGGAUCUCACUGAUGACUCUUCAUUACUUGUUCAAGCAAUGGAGCUCUCAGGACCAAGGUGAAUUACUUCUCAAAAAGGAAUAAUUUUUAA